AAAGUCGAGAGAUAUAAUGAUCAUUGCGAUUUAGGUCGAUCAACGAAGAGACCGGUUUCGUCAUUUCUCUCCCUCCCCUAGCCUGCGAGCGUCGAUCUGAACUUUCGCGCUUUCAAGAUUUCUCAACGUCGACCUCGAUCCAUAUAUCAUCCUCGACAUCUUCUUGGCAACUACCACUUCAACCCACCUGUCUAUCUCACAACGUACUCCCUCUAGCAUAGCUUUUUAAUCGUCUAAGAAGAGCAUUCCAUACGCCCAUCAUGUCGUCAUUCUUCUCAUCCGGAAACGCUCAGACCGCCUCGGACAUGCAGACCAAGAAGGAGGAGGUCAAGCAGAGGAUCACCCAAGAAUUGGCCGUCGCCAACGCUCAGACCUUGAUCAACAAAAUCAAUGAGAACUGCUUUGCUAAGUGCGUGACCAAGCCUUCGACGUCUCUCGGAUCUUCGGAAGAGACCUGCCUCUCCCGAUGUCUCAGCCUGUACAUGGCCGCCUUCGACCAAGUCUCUCGAUCUUACGUCUCCAGGAUCUCUAAAGAGCGAAGCUCGAUGACGGUACAACAAGGAGGGCUGGACCCGUUGAACUUGUAGUAACCGUUUAAGGAGGGCAAUCGGGACUGUCGACCACAUAUGCUACACAUCACUCUUCGUCCUGAAGGUCGCAUCGCGCUCAUCGUUACAAAGAGGGCCAGAUUGCAUGGCGGGAAGUUGGCACAGCGAAUAUGAACAAGGGUACCAAGGGUGUACAGGCUUUUUAUAUGACAAG